GAUGUCUGUAGAUCAUCGAGGGGAGCGAAAUGCUGUUGAAGAAAGAAGCCCAAUUUUCUAUUCCAAGGCUUAUCAAGGUACAGUCAUAGAAAGGAUCAUCUGCUGCUUCAGAUUUAAGCCUAAAAUGUUGGUGGAAAGUUUGAUGUUUCUAUUGUUACUCUUGGGGUGUGGGUUCUAUCACAACUCAAAUGCCUCGGCCACCCUUCAAGAUUUUCCGUCCUUGUGGACGACUCUAGCUGGCAGAGCCUGGCAAUCUCUGUCAUUCAACUGGUCACCGUACCAUCCCCGCAGUUUGUGAAGCCCACUUGGUUGGCUCCAUCAUUGCUUGUCCAAGCCUAGUCAGGGGUCUAUCGCACACUUGGACUUGUUUGAGCUCAAGCUAAUGUCGGAUGCACAUGUUUAACGGGCCUUUGAAUUUGAACAAAAGGGAACCCUUUGCCUUCUCGCCCGGCUCUAGAAAGUCAACAAAUCAUCAACGAUAGACAGCGUCCGUCUUUCAGCUCUGAGCUUGGAGGAUAAGCAAAGCCUUUGAUUCUUAUUCCCGAUUCUCAGCGGACGUGGAUCAUUUCUUAUAACAGUGUCAACAUCGACACCUUCCAACACCCAGUCUUGCCACACCAAGCAUUCAGUACCGGAUUCAGUUUGUCUCGCCCACAAUGACGGAUCGAAGGCCCAUCCUCACUCUCCCACUCCCAGCUCGGGAUCCUUUUGAAUCUCAACGACCUGGUUCAUCACUUCAAAGCCCAUCAAUACGCAGCCCUCGGUUUCAUGAAGACUUCGAUGCACCUUUCUCGUUGGACAUCAUGAACGCCUCGAGAACAACUCUUGCAACCGACACCAUGAGUUAUCCUUCAACGGGCACAACUAGCCGUAACAGUUUUGGCUGUGAUGGUGACCGACCGCCACCCCUUCAAUAUCGCAAUGCUUCCUGGGAGUCAGAGACCAAGCGUCGGUCAAAGGUCAAUGAUCGCAUCCUGGAGUGGGCAAAGAGAUCAUGGGGAGCUGUUCGCACGCGGUCCAACUCCAAGGAUGACCCCAAGGACGACUAUUUUGAGGGUCACUCAGCCCAGAGCCCAACAAGCGAUAUGACGUCGCCUUCAUCAGAUAACAUCACACCCUCGGAGCCCGAUGGCGGCCGAACAGCCCACGACAAUCAAGUUUUUGCUGUCACUAGGUUGCCAAGUUCGAAGGCAGGGUCGAAGUGAUGCGUUGAGAUGGACUUCAAAUACCCUUAUCCUAAUUAUUAAUGAGGUGGGAAGGCUAGUAACGAAUAAUGUCGGCGUUAGGAGGCACUUUGUUUCUGCUCGGCUCCAUGAGAUGACCGAUUGCAAGACCAUGGGUCUUGAAUUUUAGGAUUAACGAGGAACCAGACCUUGAUAGGAGGCAUGCCCUCAGAAUACACCACCGCCAAUGAUGAAAAGGCGCUCUUCUUCCCUCUUGGCCCAUUGGAUAAUCUUGUUCGCUCCUUGUGUAAUGGUCGCUCUCGACACAUUAGGCCCAGCAACACAGUAAAACUCAAACACGGGUGUGGUCCAUGCCAAUGAGGUGGCAUCAUCUCCGAUAGCGUGCAAAACUUUGAGAUGCGAGUGUUUGGCGUGAAUGGAUGCAUGGAGCUCAUGGUACACCGUCAUCAAUCUCCUGCGCUCAACAAGACCAGUGAAGUGCGGCUCCAAUGACGCCAUGCAGAA